AUGCAUGAGAAUCGAUGUAUCGGUAUCGUUGGUUGUGGCAAUAUGGGUUUUGCACUUGCUCAUCGUUUAUCCUUAUAUGGAUUUACUGUACUAAUGAGUAGUCGUUGUCCAGACAAGCAUAAUGAUCGAGAAUUCGAAAUAGCCUCCACUGUCGAAUGUAUUUGUCGUUCGCCAAUGAUCUUUGUGGCUCUUCAUCCAGAACACUACAUCAAUUCUCUCAUAUCACAUCUCGAACACGAUCCAUCAUUAUUUGAAGGGAAAAUUCUUAUUGAUCUAUCUAACGAACCAUUGGAUAAAUCGCAUCUAAACGAUAUUUCUAAUGCAGAACGACUUCAAACAGCAAUAUCCAAUGCUUUUGUUGUCAAAGCAUUCAAUACAAUCUCAUCAUUUGCCAUGCAAAGUAUCACAGCAGGAGAAUCAUCUAAUGUCUUUGUUGCGAGUGAUCAUUCAAUAGCUAAAGAUAAGGUAAUCAUACUCGCACGUGAAAUGAAUUUCGAUGCAUUCAAUGCCGGUUCAAUUCAUGUAGCACGUCAUCUAGAAACUGAUACCAAAUCUCUCUUUCCUCAAUGGCGAAUUCCUAUCAUUGUUACAUUUGUCGUUCUAAUCAUCUGGCUUACUUACACACUUUGCAUGAAUUAUAUUCGUACACGUACAACUUCAUGGAAUCAACUAUUUUUACACAUGGUCAAUGAAAUUUUAUGUCCAAGUGCCAUCACCAUGCUAGCUAUUGUCUUUAUGCCCUCGAACUUUGCAUGUAUAUUUCAAUUGGCUUAUGGAACUCGAGAUCGACGAUUUUCAAAAUGGUUAGAUCGAUGGCUAUUAAGCAGAAAACAACUUGGUCUAUUAGCAUUUGCUAUAGCUCUUGGUCACUGUAUUAUAAUAAUCAUUCUUGUCUCACCUGCUUAUUACUCUUCAUGA